AUGAAGAAACUAGUAAUAAUACUUGUGGUGAUGUUAACGUGGACUGCAGAAGGAGUUGAAGAAAAGAAUGAAGUGGAACCUAGAGGGAAAGGGGUGAAAUUUGCACUAAUUAGUCACUUUCUAUACGUAGUCGCUACUAAGGUGAUCUUCCUCAAAAUAAUCUACGCAGGGCUAUUCUUCGCUCUCAUCUAUAAAGGUUGGAACUUCGUCUUAUGGUUCAUCCACUACCUGAAGAAGAAGGAACAUCACGUGUACAUAGAUGAUCAUCAUUACGAACAUGAUGACUUUGAACAUGGUCACUUUGAUCACGGCCAUUUUGAUCACGGUCAUUUUAAUCACGGUGAUUCCGAUCACUAUGGUAGUUUUGAUAAUCAGCCAUAUAGUUAUGAUAAACAUGGUUAUGGUAGUGAUUAUAAAAAACGGAUCUAUGAUGCGGAUGGUUCUUAUUCAGUUAAAUCUUAA